AUGACCGCCAAGAAGCCCGAACCUCAGGAGCCAAUGACAAGAGUCUCUGGCAAGGACUGGAAGAUGGCAAAGACCGCUACCCGCAGAUCGCAGAUGCCCAAUGCCUUGAAGCAGACCUAUGCCGAGCGUAUGGCCAAGACCAAGCAGCUCAACAUUGCCCGUGAUAUGGCCAAGUCCAUGACCCAGGCGAAGAUCGACGACAAGCGUCGCAAGAGAGAGAUCACCGAGGAGAGGAAAAAGAUCCAGGAGGAGAAGGAGAGGAUUGCCAGCUUGGCAGCCAAGAUGUCGGCCAACAAGCUCAAGAGACUCAAGAAGAAGGCUGGAAACCUGAAGGGUCGCUAA